AUGGCCGCUAUUGGAGCAGUUGCAACCCUCGGCACCGCUAUUGGCAAUGUCGCCACCUUUUUGGGACUCGUCUCAUCGGGCAUUGGUAUCAUGUCUGCCAUCAACACGAAGCCGAAGGAGGUUGACUUCUACACAAUCCGCAUGGAAAUCGGAGACAACCAAGAUGCCGCGGGCAACCCUCCUUCCAUCAUCCUGUCCGACUUCUCCAACACCCAGAUCUUUGGUGUUUUCGAAGGAAACAGUGACAAGCCCGAGGACCAAUGCCGUAACAAUGGUGACUUGGAACUGUUCAAGGGCCUGAAGAACGCCGAGGCGCCUAUUCAGAGCUUCAAGACCAACAAUGGUUUCAACCUCAAGUCUCUCGACAUCCAGCCUGGUGGCAAUGCCAUUUGUGUCUCCAACAUCAUUCUCAAAGGCAGCGACACCCAGGCAAGACGCGAUGAGGUCUUCAUCCCCGUUGGUGACUUGGGCUUCCAGUGCGGCCGCGAGUGGAACUGGGGCGCCGUCCUCAAUGGAGUUCGCCAACGCUGCAUCUGGCUUGACGGCCAACCCGACGGUACCAACAAGCCCAUCCAGUCCCUUCACCUCGACAUGGAGAACCUUGCUGGCAUCUUCAAUAAGGGAAAGAACGACACACUGGCCAAGACCACCUUCGAACAGGCUUGCAAGUACGUCACCGAUAACGUGGGCCAGGUCGCAAACCGCAACAGCUGCAAGGAGUCAUUUAGCAAGCGCUCUCUUUCCGGCAAGAACCAGACCAUCGAUACUGUUCCCUUCCUUGAAGAGCUUUCUGGAUUUUUCAACGGCAAGGACGAGUCGCUGACCAAGUUCGCUGGUGCUCCUUUCAUCACCUCCGACAACAAGAUCUGGGACUCUACCAAGAAGGCCUUCGCUGACGUUUCUCCCAAGAGCGUUCCCGCUAAGCGCUCCCGUCACUUUGCCCGCAUGGAGAAGAAGAGGGGCUUGUCUUCUACCCUGAAGGGCGAGCGCUGCGAGUAUGCUGCCAAUGGAGCAGCCCCGGUGUGCAAGGUCGUCAAGGAAUUCGCCGUUGGCUCUGCCUGA